GGUUCUUGGGCGCGCGCGCGCGCGGGGCUCUCGUCCAAUGCCGGCUACCGGCCGAUGAGACGGCGGCGGCACGAUGGUAUGUAGAGAGGAAUGGCGACUGCACGAUCGAUUCUCCAGGUCGUUGAGAGCUUCCAAAAGUCGCGUACGCUGUUUGCCCGGACGAUCGCGGAGCUCGCUCUAAAGCCACAGAACGUGGAGAUUCUCCACAAUGCCGGUGUUCUGGUCCUGCUGCGACCUCUCUUGCUGGAUUGCAUCCCACAAAUCCAGCAAUUGGCAGCGCUGGGCCUCUCCCGGCUCGCAAACUACAGCGAAGAGCUAGCGGAGGUUUUUGUCACAGAGAAAAUCCUCCAGCAAGUUCUAUUCCCCCUCAGAGAUAUCAAUCGUCACAACAAGAAGGCCGCCGCGAAUGUCCUGCGAGCUGUGGCCAAGCACACGGCGCCCCUGGCACAGGCGGUGGUGGAGUCUGGAGCUCUGGAGCCACUGGUGCAUUGCCUCGAGGAAUUCGAUCCAUCCGUCAAGGAGGCCGGCGCCUCGACGCUGGCCAACAUCGCCAGGCACAACGCUCGUCUCGCCCAGGCCGUGGCGGACGCUCGAGCGAUUGGAUUCCUCAUUCUUUGCGUCCAGGAACCCGAGAUUGCGCUGCGAACAGCCGCAGGCACAGCGCUCUCGGAAAUAGCAAAACAUACCCCGGAGUUGUCCCAAGUUGUGAUCGAAGCUGGAGCUACACCACACCUUGCCGCGCUCCUCACGCACAAUGACUUCAGAGUAAAACGUGUGGGUUGCUUGGCGCUCAGUCAGCUGGCCAGACACGUCGAGGAUCAAGCAGAGGCCGUUGUGGAGCAAGAGAUCUUCCCCAAGAUGUUCGGCUGCUUGAAAGACCAGGAUCCCCAACUCCGAAGAAACGGAGCCACUCUGAUACGCGAGGUCGUCAAGCACUCGGCAGCGCUCGCCCAGCUUGUUGUUGGCGCCGGUGGACUCUCCGUCUUGAUCGAAAACAUUUCGGACACUUUCGGCAACGAGCGCUUGCCAGGUAUAAUGGCUGUCGGCUACAUUGGCGCCUUCGACGAGAUGCUGUCCAGCUCGGUCAUCGCGUCAGGCGGCGUGGCGGCGAUGGUGUGUGCACUCGUCCAGGAGCACGAAGACCACAUCAAGAGCGCGUCCGCAUGGGCUCUGGGACAGAUCGGCAAGCACGGCCCCGUCCACGCUCUUGCCGUUGCCGAGGCCGGAGCGCUCCCACACCUGGUCGCCACCUUCCUGUCAAAAACCAGCAGUGAGGACCUCCAGUCCAAGUGCAAGAAAGCUCUCAAGAACCUCUCGGACCGUCUUAGUCACCUCCCCGCUCUGGAUUCGCUGCUACAGGGACCAAUGCUGCCUGAAGGUAUACUCAAGUACGUCCUUGGCUCUCUCGCGAAGGUGUUGGCCGCGGAUAGUGAUGCCAGAGCCAAGUUCGUGACGUCGGGCGGCUUUGAGAAGCUCCAGAACCUGGCAGCCGAGCCGGGCACGGAGCUGCGCGAGUGCAUCGACCUCAUCAACAGCGUCUACCCGGUGGAGAUUGUCCACUACUACUCUCCAGGAUACUCGGAAGUCCUGCUGAAGAAGCUUACUGGUGCGAAGCCAGCCAUCCCCGUAGGCUGAGAGGCGAAAAAACUUUGUCGAGCUGGUUGAGCUCCACGGCUGAGCUUGUAAGUGUAAAUGUGUGGCAAAAACGUCGAGUACGAGUUCUUCA